AUGGCUACCCCUAGUGUCCUCGCUUUUGACGCUGAGGGUCGGGCCAUUGACUUUGAGGUCUGGGUAGAUGACCUGCAGUUGUUCUUACAGUGCAAUAGGGCAGACGGCCUCUCUCUCUUUGACCUCACCUUUGGCGCUUCCCCUGCCCCUGCUGCUGAUGCUGACGCCAUUGUACGCUCCCAGUGGGCCACGCGCGACGCUGCUGCACGUCUUGCUGUGCGUCGCCACCUCCCUACCUCCGAGCGUGCGCACUUUAGCCAGUACAAGAGUGCUCAGACCUUAGUAGUCAGGGACCACUUCCUCGCUGUGUGCCCCACCACUCUCACCAUUGACCUCCUCGAGAAGUCCCUCCUGUCGGCAGAGAAGAGCAUAGUCGCUGUAGGAGCCUCUCGUGGUGACCCCCGCACCCCUGUCUUUGAGGGGUGUUCUCCCUCCCCCCUCUUGCCCUCUGUUGCUUCUGCUGCUGCGGCCGACCUCGUUGGUUUCGAGUCGGUCGGCGCUGCGUGUGCCCCUUCGGGGAAGCGCCGCGCAGGCAAGGGCAAGGGGGGCAAGGGCGCUGGAGGAGCUGGCGGGGGCGGUGGAGGUGGCGGUGGAGGCGGCGGAGGGAGUGGGGGUGGUGGUGGGAGUGGUGGAGGAGAUGGGGGUACCGGUGGCACCAGUGGGGGCGGAGGCGGAGGGAGCGGAGGAGGCGGUGGUAGCGGUGGCGGCGGUAGUGGCGGAGGCGGCGGUGGUGGCGGAGGCGGCGGAGGCGGAGGAGGAGGCGGUGGAGCUGGUCACGGGUCUACGCAGAGGAGUGGCUCCGGUGGUGGUCCGCGCCACCAGCAGCAGCGUGGUCAUGAGACCCUGUCCCCUCAGCAGCUCCGUGAGUGGUACACUGCACGCCAGCGGGGUGGGGGUUUUGGUCCGUGCACCUACGUCCUGCGCACCGGCGACCGUGCGGGGCGAGAGUAG